GCUUGCGUACUGGAGUGUCUCUGGUCAGACUACUGCGUCUCAUUAAUAUUAAGGAACUUGGCGCAAACGCCUGUGAUUGGCUUACAUGCCCAGUUUCCAGGACAACUCAAAACACAAAUGGUUUUAUUAACGAACAGUUUCUUAUGUGUGAAGUUCUCGUUUAGGAUUUCUUGACAUCGUUUUAUCCUAGAAAACACAUAUCUGUGUUGAUAUAUUUCAAUGUUGCCUUACAACCUGGGACUUAAUUGACACACGUGAUUUUCUAGCUUGUUUUUAGCCAGAAAUACUUAAACUAAAUUCCCAUUCUCAUGGAUGGGAAUGCAGAGCAGAAAGAGAAUGACCCUGGGUCCAAUCCCAGCACUGAAAACACAGAGCUGAAGAACGAUGAGCAACUCCAGCAUACACCAGCUGAAGAGCCCUCAGAAGAGGGCAAAUCCACUAAUGCUGAUUACAGUAAGAAUAAAGCUGACACUGCUGCAGAUGAGGCUGAGGAGGUGGUAGCAGUGGAGCAGAGUGGGCCAGAGUCUGAAAAAGCUUCACCAGAUACUGCAGGGGAACAGGCAACAGUGGGUAUCUCAGCUGAGACAGAGGGAGGGAACCCAGCCGCUUCUGAGACAGGAGAGGGCGCUGGAGAUGAGUCACCCACAGGGGCCAACCUACCAACGAGUGAGACAUUGGAAGAGGUAGAGGGCCCGGAGUUGAAGCCUCUAAUAGGGAAGCCUCUCUCCCGCGAGGUGAGCCUCACACUCGAAGAUGACGACGACAACAAUGAUGAUGAAGACGGACUGCCAAAACUAGACAAAGGGACUCCCGAAAGGGGGAGUUCCGUGCAGGGUGAGGAAGAGGGUCCCUCUCUAACCAAAGAGACGGGCCCCAGCAUGGACUACAAAGAGUACAUGAACUUCCUUUAUGAGUUGCAGGCGGAGAAGGACAAACUGAGCCAGGUCAACGGUCAGCUCCAGAUCAAGCUGGUGGAGUACUUCCGCAAGAAGACAGGUGAUGACGCACGUCCUGAGAAGGAGAAAGCCGUGUCGGACCAGGAGCAGCGCUACCAGAAGUACAUGGCAAUCAUGGAGGACUUGAAGUGGCAGCACCGGCUGGACUCGGAGGCAGCCCAGCAGCAGGCAGAGGAGCUGAGGCAGCAGAGCCAGGAGAAGCUGGGCCAGUUGGAGAUCGAGUGGAGCGCAUUCAUGGCACUGAAGCGCGACGUGGCCGUGACGGCCCUGAGCCGGCGCCUUGGGAAACAGGCGGCGGCGGUGGAGGUAGAGCAGAUCCAGGCGGCCGAGCAGCGGCGCCAGAAAGAGCUGGUCACCGUGCGCCUGGAGAAUAUCAAGCUAAAGAACAAGACGCGCAAGUUUGAGGACACACUGCGUGCCAAGGAGAUGCUCGCUGAGGGCUUGCACCUCAUCGACUUCGAGCAGCUGAAGAUAGAGAACCAGACGUAUAAUGAGAAGAUUGAGGAGCGCAACGAGGAGCUCCUUAAACUGCGCAAGAAGAUCACCAGCACAGUCCAGGUACUAACCCAUGUGAAGGAGAAGCUCCAGUUCGUGCAGAUGGAGAACCAGACCAAGCGGGCCCAGUUGGCUGAGGUGGAGGUGGUGGUGGCCAGGAAGAGGGAUGUGCUGACCAGGACCAAGCAGGCCAGGGAUGGCCUCCGCAUGGACAACCUGAAGCUGCGCCAGCGCUGCGGCCUGCUGGGCAAUGAGACCCUGCUGAGGGACUUUGAGGAGAAGGUGGACGCCUCAGACGACCUGGAGGAGAGGCUGGAGGGGCUGAAAAGGAGGCACGCAGAGCUCAUACUCAAGUGUGCCGGGGUCAAGAAGAAAGUGGAGCACACCAAAUCCAAACCUUAAUCCUAAUCCAAACCUUAAUCCUAACCCAAACCUUAAUCCUAACCCAAACCCUAACCCAAACCUUAAUCCUAACCCUAAUCCUAACCCAAACCAGAAUCCUAAACCUAACUCAAACCCUAAUCCUAGCCCAUACUGAAGUGUGCCGGGGUCAAGAAGAAAAUGGAGCACAUCAAACCCACAGUGCAGUGAGGAGAGAAGAGGACACACACACACACACACACACACACACACACACACACACACACACACACACACACACACACACACACACACACACACACACACAUAAACAUACACACACAGGAUGAACAAGUGAUCACACAUUUGCUGUCAUAAAGGCACUCUUGUCAUGCAGAAUUACUUGCAUGAUCAUUAAUGCAUAGAUAAAUGUAGGAAUGAUAUGUUUUAACAUUCAUAAUAAAUAUUCAGUUUAUUCUACAUGUCCUUAUUUUAUUAUUUCUCAAAAGACAAUAAUAGGUUACAACUUCAGCUAUGAUGUGGACAGUGUUGCAGUGAAUCCUUUCAGUCACCUAAUUACAAAAGACACCAUUGCAUUCACAUCACUCAAGUCAUUUUACUAUCAACUUGAUGAUUUGUGUUAUGUGGGCUACUACAAUAACUAGGGCAAGCAGCCAUCUAUUUUUCUUAUAAGAGAACCAACCAUUCUCUCUAAUGGUCAACAGAUGGCGAUAUUGUAAAAUAAACAAUUCACACCCUGUGAGGGAGAGUACUAUGAACUUGGGGAAGAUCUCAAUUGGAUUUACUGGUCUACUGCCUCUCUUCUCGACUGUUUUUGAGGAAACGUGGAAACAAUGUGCUUUUAGGAAAUGAGACUCCUCCACUCACGCGUCAAAAGGCAAAUGACAUUUACAGUGGUGGAUUGACAGAAUGAAACGUCUAAAGUAAUAACGCUAGUUGUGAAAGACAUGUUAUAGAUAAAAAGAUAAGUAGCGUGUUGUUUUGAAAUGUGUGCAUGUAAACAACAGCUGAUUCAAAGGGGGAGUGGCAGAUUUCAACACUCUUCUCCAGAGCAAACACAGAGGAUGCACUACAGUAUCCUUCGCGAGAGGAGUUUAGAGGCAGGUAGGAGAGUCUGCGAAGUCUGGUGACGUGAUAAGUGAGGGUAGUAACCAAGGGGACGGAACUCGGAGGCAGGGUUGGAGGCGUGGACUACUUGGGGCAACUUCAUGUCUGGUUGGCUGGGGUUUACUCCUCGGUUCACUUACUAACAAAUUGACACUCUCCUCGAACACUUAUUGGUUUCCGGGUCAUGGAGGAAAGAAGGACUGAGGAGUCAAGGAGAGGACAGACUUUUCCAAUUGAGAAUCUCCCAAGGUCUAUAUGAUCAGUCAGAAAUCACCAACUGGUCAUAGAAGGAAACCAUGUGUAUUAUAAUAAGUAGUCUGUUGGGUUGUGCCGUGGCGGAGAUCUUUGUGGGCUAUACUCGGCCUUGUCUCAGGAUGGUAAAUUGG